GCAGCAGCAUAGAUGCGUCUUGGUCUUUUUCUGUGAACUGUAGCAAACAAGUUGUGCCUGGUGCUGUUGAGGGGAGGGGUAGACCACUGGUCGAAUAGAUAGUGAAUCGGCUGAAAUGGCAGAUAUGAGGCCCCCUGAUCACACCGUCAACAAUGAAAUGCCUCAGCCUCAACAUUUUCUGUCUUCUCGCACUCUGCCAGUGGGAAAAAGAAGGCAAAGCAAACAGAGAUAACAACGAGGCCAGAGUGAGACAAACAAGGUUCCCUGGAAAACAUUUCUAUGAUCCCCUAGAACAGCAUCUCUCAAAUUUGUCCACUGAACAACUUAAGUCAUGUACCAAGUUGUACCAGGAGGAGCGGGAGGUACAAUUACAGAUGUUAUCCCCAAACAGAAACACAGCAAGGUAACUCGACCCUUAGUUGGAGCUGGAGUAAUCGGCCUGGUGCUGGUGAUUGCAGCAGUGACUGCAUGGUGUUAUUACAUAGCCUCUCUACGCAAAGCUGAGCUGCUUAAGACUCAGCUACUGGAUCUGAAUAAAGAUGGGUACAUUAUCCGCAACCAGGGAGGAUCUAUUGUUUUCAGGAUGGAUUUCAGGUCAGGUACGCUGGAUUUGGAUUCGUGUUCCAAGGAAGGGGAGAUGCUGAGCUGUGGAAGUACCACUGAUAGAAAACUGAACUUCUUCAUUGAGACAGUGCGACCCAAGGACACGGUGCAAUGCUACCGUGUUCGUUGGGAGGAAUUGGUUCCUGACAUUCCUGUUGAGCAUGCUAUGACAUACAAGUUUGCACACUGGUAUGGUGGUGCAGUGUCAGCAAUUCAGCACUGGCCUAUUUCUAUUUCUGGUCAACAGGCUCCCAAACCCUUUGUUACUAGUGACAUCUACUCAAACCGCAAUGAAUUUGGUGGAAUUUUGGAGAGUUAUUGGCUUUCAUCCAAUGCUACGGCCAUCAAGAUAAACAAUUCUGUGCCCUUCCACCUGGGCUGGAAUGACACAGAGAAGACCAUGUACUUCCAGGCACGAUACAAUGACAGUCCCUUCAAGCCAAACCCAGGAGAGGCACCAUGUGCUGAACUUAGCUACCGAGUGUGCGUGGGAUUGGAUGUGACUUCCAUACACAAGUACAUGGUCCGCAGAUACUUCAACAAACCCAACAAAGUGCCUGCCAAAGUCAUGUUUCGCCAUCCUAUAUGGUCAACUUGGGCGCUACAUAAGACUGACAUUGACCAAGAGAAACUCUUGGCGUAUGCUGCCAACAUCCGCAAGCAUAAUUUUAACUGUAGCCACCUGGAACUAGAUGACCGCUACACUAGCCGCUACGGAGAUUUUGAGUUUGACCAAAUAAAGUUCCCCAAUGCCUCGGCCAUGUUCCAAAAGCUGAAAUCAGAUGGAUUUCUUGUGUCACUUUGGAUUCACCCUUUUGUUAACUAUGACUCGGAAAACUUCCAUACCUGCGUAGAGAGGGGGCUGUUUGUCUGGGAGCCAACGGGACGGCUCCCAGCAUUGGUGCGCUGGUGGAAUGGCAUUGGUGGCAUUUUGGACUUCACAAACCCAGAAGCCCGUGACUGGUUUUCCUCCCAGCUACGUUCACUGCGCUCCAGGUAUGGGGUCACAUCUUUUAAAUUUGAUGCAGGGGAGACCAACUACCUACCAUGGAAAUUUAGUACCAGAACUCCCAUUCGGGACCCAAGUUUUUUCACAAGACGUUACACAGAAAUGGCUAUUCCCUACAACGAUAGAGCUGAGCUGCGCAGUGGCUACCAGUCCCAGAACAUAUCCUGCUUCUUCAGGCCAAUUGACAGAGACUCAGUGUGGGGCUAUGAGUUGGGUCUGAAAUCUCUUAUCCCCACAGUGCUCACUAUUAGCAUUCUUGGCUAUCAGUUCAUUUUACCAGACAUGAUUGGAGGGAAUGCUUAUCUGAACCGCACAGAUGGAAAUCGUGCGUUACCCGAUCGAGAACUCUAUAUCCGCUGGCUGGAGCUGUCAGCCUUCAUGCCUUCAAUGCAGUUUUCUGUUCCGCCAUGGGAAUACGACAACGAGGUGGUCGAAAUUGCUCGGAAAUACACAGCCCUCCAUGAGAGUAUUGUGGCGCCACGGGUCCUGGAGCUGGCUGGUGAGGUGCUGGACACUGGGGACCCAAUCAUACGGCCCCUGUGGUGGAUUGCCACAGGUGAUGAGACAGCCUAUAAAAUCGACUCCCAGUUCCUGAUUGGGGACGACCUCAUGGUAGCCCCAGUUUUAGAGCCUGGAAAGCAAGAGCGUGACAUCUACCUCCCCGCUGGCCGUUGGAGAAGCUACAAGGGGGAGAGAUUUGAUAUCAAGGAGCCACUUCACCUCACAGACUAUCCUGUGGAUCUGGAUGAAAUUGCUUACUUUGUUUGGGUCUAGCAAGAAGGAAAUGUAAAGCUGAACAGACUUGAUUAGCGAAUGUUCCAAUUUGCUUGAAAGACAAGCUUUACAAAUGAGCUUUUAUGCAUGGCAGGAGGAACAUUGCAUGAAAAGGUUGCUCAAUAUGGAGAAGUAUUUAACUUUUCAAAGAAAUUGAAAAUGUUAACACUAAUUAUAUUACCAAUUUGAAACUGCUUGACUCAAAAAGGCUCAAAAUCUCAUUGUAAUGUUUUAUUGCUUUUUUUGGUUGCAUUUUUCGUUGUUUAAUGGAAAAAUAUCUGUGUCCUUGAGACUAUGUAAGUUUUGCUUUGCCACUGUGAGGUGUGACAGUGGCAAAUGACAAAUAUGGGUUAAUUAUAAAUGGUAAAACAUAUAAUCAUAUAGCAGUUGCACAAAAAGGAGUCAUAAAGAGUCAUAAAGGCAACAAACUGACUCAAUAACAUGAGUUACACAGCAAUAUCUGUUUGCUAUCAUUUGCUAACUUUAGCUGCCAUAAGCUAGUAGUCAUACCGGACCAGUGAAGGCAACAAAAGCCUAGCAUGUAUUAAAGUAAGUUGUUUUAAUGUUUUUGAAUUUAGAAUUUCAUGGAUACAAAGAAGAAUGCGUCAUUUCAUAUUUUAAAAGUUACAUAGUGUCGCUUUAAAGGCUGUACAUAUGAAACAAUUGUCAAAAAGGGAAUAUGAAAACUGUGAAUUGAGUUAGGCAUAUAUUAUAUUAUACACCAUAACGUUUUUUUAACAGCGCUUCGAAGAUAAAACAGGUAAACAGAUUGAUUGAAGGAAAAUUUGAAUGGUCAUUUUUUAUCAUUAAGAAAAUAGGCUUCAUAAAACUCUAUAUUGAUAAACACUUCUCAGUUUGAGUGAGAUAUCCUACUUUCCUUUGAAACUAAUGACUCUUCUACUCCUCUGCUCUGGGAUACUUCUCAGGAAGUCAGGUUUUAUGCUUCACUUAUCAGGUUGUAUGCUUGAAGUUUAAUCGUUACUAACCGCAUUUGCUCUCAUUUGGGAAACAGUGUCAUGUAACUACUCUUAGCCCAGAAAAAGAUGCCUUUUAUUAGGCACUAAAUAUUUUAUGUUCUUCCUCAGGUAACAGCUUUUUCUGGCUGUAGUGUUGAAGUGUCUGGUAAUUGUUUGUCUUGUGCUUUGCUGAUUCUGAAUGCAUAUAAACAUCUAAUAUUAUAAUGUAUAAUACAUUGACUUCCGCAUCCAGAAUAAGAAAUCUCUUUUGGAAAAUGGUCUGAUGUUUGUAAUUCUGAAACACAGUAACCUAAAUGAUAAUAGACUGGUUAAUUUAUUGGUAUGCAGUGUGGAAGUCAAUGAAUUUAACAGCAAUUAAUCACCAAAUUAAAUGGUACAGUGUAUUUAUACACCUUGUGUUUUGUUAAUGUGAAUAUAUUGUAACUGCAGUGAUAUCUCUAAGUGCCAUAUAUUAAUAAUUACUGCCACAUACUAUGAGUGAUUUGUUGUUCUGAUACACAUUUAUUAUUGUUGCAUUUUUCCAUAUUGUACAUUUAUCAUUAAAUAUAGUUAAUUUAACCCCUUUUAUGAGGUGAGUUAACCCUUUUGUGGGAAAUCACAUGGUCAACAAAGUGUACCACAAAAGCCACAUAAGUUUGAAGCUGCAAUAAAAAUAUUGUGUUAUCGAAGUAACAAUGAGGAAACAUCCAUUUUCUUAUGGUGCAAUUUUAUCAUUUGGCAAUUUGUCUUUUUAAGUUUUUUUUAAAAAAAAAUGCUGUCUACCUUUCUGUGCUGACUGUGUGUAAACUUUGACAUCUGGCUUCCAGGUUGACCUCUGAGUUUUGUUUGUGUCUCUUGAUAUACUUUCAUCAUAACAAUGCUACGUAUUUAUAGCAGUUCUCACUCAGCAUCUGGACCAGGCCAACCUCUGAGGCUAUUUCUGUCUCAGACUGUCUUGCUUUAUGACAAGACUGAGAGGCUAUAUCUUGGACUUAAUGUUUUUUUUUUUUUUUUUUUGGUUUUAUGUAUUUUGACCCACUGUGUGAUGCUGUUUGCCUCGAGUUAUUGUAACUGAAUAUUAGCAACAUUUGCAUGUGACUUAAGGGCAGCACUAAUUUCAGCAAGAAUGCAAAUAUGAUUUAAUUUUGUGUGCAUGUAUUAAAAGAAAUCCAGUUUGA